AUGCGAAUAAUACUUGAAAAUGUCAAGAUAAGUGGAACUUAUAGUCAAACACCUGAGGUGUCGUACGAACGUUAUUCUGACUUCAAGAUAUAUCAUCUCAGUCAAGAUGAGUACUUUAUCUGUGAUAUUGUUGUUUUUAGUUUUUCCUCGUCAUUGCCAACGACAGAAUUGGAUCGAUCGAGUCGUAUUGUAAACGGAUUUGAAAUUGAUAUAAGCGAAAUACCAUAUCAAGCAACACUAUGGCGUAAAUCAAGUUUAGCCUGGGCCUAUAGGUGUGGAGCUAGCAUUAUAUCCACCGAUGUUUUGGUAACAGCGGCACAUUGCAUUGAAGGUUAUGAGUCGAAUCCUUCAUUAUUUAGAGUGUCAGUUGCGACUUCCGAUCGACUCUCCGGCGGAGAUUCAUACGAAGUGUCCAAGAUUUUUGCCCACGAGGGUUAUUCUUCUUUUACACUAGAACAUGAUAUAGGACUACUUGUUACUUCUCAGAAAAUGAAGUUUAGUUACAAAGUUAACGCCAUAUCUAUCGCAGAACCCAAUAUCAAUAUUCCACCUGGAAAAAGUGCAUUAGUCUCUGGAUUUGGAACUACUUCGUAUCAAGGCACAGUAUCGAAAUCUCUGCUCGCCGCGAGCGUGAAUAUCAUCUCACAAGAAGAGUGCACUCGAGCUUACCUUCAAAUAGCUGCGAUCACACCCGGGAUGAUAUGCGCUAGCGCAAAUAAUCCUCCGAGAGACGCUUGCCUAGGCGACUCUGGUGGGCCUUUAGUUGCUGAUAACACUUUAAUUGGUAUUGUAUCUUGGGGUGAAGGUUGCGCUACCUACCCAGGCGUGUACACUAGGGUUUCUGACUAUUACUCGUGGAUAGUAAACAAAAUUGCACUAGCGUAA